GCGCGGAGGUGCGAGUCGGUCUUCCACGCUCCGCUCACUCAGCCGAUCUGGCUUCCGUCACGAGAACCGGGAUGGUGAAGAUCGACGGGAUGGACCGCGUCCACAUGGCUCCUCGUCGAACCUCCUUCACCAUCAGUAGCAUUAUGGCCGAGGACCAAGGCGGGGGUGAGAGAUGGCCCGCCAAUCCCCCUUCGCAUUCUCCACCCGAUAGGACCGGAGACUUACCGCACGAUCUCAGCACCAAAUCUGCCCCUUGUGCUAGCAUCAAAAACGAGAACGCGGGGGGCAAAACGGGAUAUCCCAUCAGCCGCACGGACUGUAAAACAGACAAGAACGAGGAAGAUAAACCUAAACAGUGUACGGUGUCUAAAGAGUUAGAUAAAGGGAAGAACCAGGAAGAAUGCAACAAUUCGAAGAAAUCUACCAAAUACGAGAAACCACCUUUUAGUUACAACGCUCUAAUCAUGAUGGCUAUCCGUCAGAGCCCCGAGAAAAGACUGACUCUAAACGGGAUCUACGAGUUUAUCAUGAAGAACUUUCCUUAUUAUCGAGAGAACAAGCAAGGAUGGCAGAAUUCCAUUCGGCACAAUCUCAGCCUCAACAAGUGUUUCGUCAAGGUUCCUAGACAUUACGACGAUCCGGGAAAAGGCAACUACUGGAUGCUGGAUCCCAGCAGCGACGACGUCUUUAUCGGUGGCACAACUGGAAAGCUGCGGAGGAGAUCCACGGCAGCCUCCAGAAGCCGCCUGGCAGCCUUCAAGAGGACUGUAGCGGGAGCCUCCGUCUUUCCAGGCUCUCUCUCGGCUGGCUUCCACCCCUCUCCGGGGGACAAAGCGGCCGCUUUGGGAUGGCCCUUAGGUCCUUACGGUGCCCUGCCACCCGCAGCACUCUCUUUCAAGUAUCCCGUAUCGUACGCCGGAGUUUCUCUUUCCAAACCCGGUCCCGUGCAAGGUUUCACCGUUGACUGUUUACUAGGCAGCAGAGAAGGGUGCGGAGGUCAAAUGACCCCUAACCUUUGGUCGGGACUGGGUUUGGCCUGCACCAACGGGAACUGUACCACUUUCGCUCCCACAUGCACCGGUCUGGCGUCCUGCAACUACUUGUUGUCGUCGCUGGUAUCCCCUGGUGUGUACGAUCUGCAUCCGGCCCUUCGAUCUCAGCACGUGACCACCGUGUCGCCCGAACCCGGCAAUCCAACUUCGUCGUCGCCAACGGAGUCCACUACAAUCUACAAGCCUAUUCCCAUCCUGUCCAAGCAGAGCUGAGGAAGGAGCGAGCUUAAGUCGCCUGUCAAACAGGACUUCGGGUCCCUGCUAUGAACAGUCGUGCCAGGGCUUCCCCUUAAACUCUGUAAGUGUCUCUUGUGUACAGAUUUGUUGUGUGUAUAGCUAACAUACCGUCCUGUACCAUAUAUUACAUAUAGUCAUAGUCUGUACAGUACCAGGUAGGCCUAUAAGUCGCACCGUCGGUCGCUAAACGAUCGACUGCACCUCGCUCGCCAGCAGGACCACAGCUUCCUUCGCGUCCUAAUUUCUAAGACGUUCAAAUUUUUCUAGUCUUUAUCUCACAUUUAGAAUAGAUUCUUUCGACUCUUCCUCCGAGUAAUUUCAUUCUUAGUCUAGAUGCCAAGUUUAGCCCCGAAUUUACCACGAAACUCACGAGUUUCUAUUUACUAAAGUAGCCAUAAACCACAAGCCAAAAACUCCCAGCCCAAAAUCUUUAGGUCCAUUCGAGACCUUCUCACUUACAAUUGAUACCAUCCUGGUUCUUUCUAAACUCGAAAUUUAGUCUGAAAAAGCAACCCCGUUAGUAAUUUCGGGUGUGGAUGAUGGGCUAAAUUUGGAUCCCAAGUAAAUUACAGUAAGACAGAGAGAGAAAACAGUUAUUGCAAAUUCUUUUUAAUUUUCUUUUAAAAUAAUUUAUAAAUUGUAUUGUAAUGGAAUAGGAAGCAGUAAUAAGAAAGGAAAAAAAAAAUAUUUUGACACCUGGCCCGCAUGUGCGGGUUCUUAUCUCGUGUAAUGUUGGCUUGAGUGUGUCAGAUUUAAUAUAUUAAAUAUCAUUUAUGCAUAAAACUUGUCUGGUUCUUGUGCACGGUUCAAACACGACUCCCGUUUUUGGCUGGUGUUAGCCCUUUAGUUUUAUAUUUAAAUUAAGACGCGCGAAAGGGACUUUAAAACCUUAAAAUUUUAAAUGUUAAAUUUGAAAGAUUUUACGGCUUUAAACAAUGCAGAAAAUUAUGGUUUUCUAGUAGAAAAAUUGACGUGUGUGACGUGAUAAGGGACCUAAAUACGAUUUAAUUUAGGAGAGGAGACGACAGAGAUCCGUUCUAGAUAUUAAAUAGGAUUAGGAGGUUGGCAUUAAUCCCUUUCGGAGAUAAUUAUUUCAAUAACAUCAUUAAAUGAAAGCUCAUCAUCAACAAGUAGCUGUCUUCCUUAUUUACUUAUCUAUCGUCCACACAGUAUCAAAUAUUAUAAGAAAAGCACGGGGACUUCACUCACUUCAGUUUAAUAAUCGUUUUAAAGCUUCACCGUUCUCCUAUGAGCGAAAUUUUGAAGAGGAACCGGAUCUAACUCGACUUGUAUAAGAGUUGCGUGGAGAGGGGCAGGUGCUGCAUUUGGUGGUGCAGAAAAAUUAGGAGUCGGAUGAUUCGGUAUUAGAGCGUAAUUUUGGGAAAGAGGGUGCUAUGGCUGGCUGCUGCACGCGUCACAAAAGCAUCAUCGAUCACUGGCUGCGCCGCUUCUCUACGUGGGAAAACGCUAGUGGACGAAUCCGUCAAGUCCUCAUUGUGGCUGCAUUGUAAUACAACCAUACUCUUGUAGCGAUUGUACAACACACCCACUCCACUCGAGUCGGGCCCAUUGACGUGUCAGGAAAAUGUAUCACUUCUUCCUUUCUCAAGCCGCUUUCUGAUAUCGUUGUCAUUAUCUCUUUGUGCGUAAUUAUCAUUUGGAAAAUUUCGCCAUUGUGCACGCGUUCACCGUUUCAAGGUGCGCGAAAUUUCACCAUCCGACUCUUGUUAACCAUAAUGGCAAUUCUGCCUGAUUUUCCACCCAUUUUGUGGGCAAUGGGAAUGCGUAUCCCCGCCACUUUUCCGGACACGAUCUCUCUACAUAAAUGAUGAACUCUCCCGAGCCGUAUAUUCAAACGGAUCCCCGAUUUUUCUAUUAAAAUCUUAUUCAAACUUUUCUCUUUCUUUCUUUUAUUUUAAAAGAAAUUAAUUAUAAUUCAAAAAAAAUUUACUUCGCUUCCUUUCUCAUUAACUUACUAAUAUAACUUUAUACACUUUAUGUAUGGAUUUCCUUGUCGAAAAAUGGAAGUUGGGAAUCUUCAGCGAGAGUUCUUACAUCAAUUAUGGUGGAAAUCAGGAAGUUCUAGUCAAUUUAACUGGCAUCUCUUACGUUGUUAUAAAAUUAAUUCGAUACAAUUACGAUAUUAUGUAAUUCUGAUUUGCAUCACGCGAUGGAUUCGAUGUUGUAAAUGAAUUUUGGAAGUUGUUUUAAUGGAUUAAAGUAACAUAUUUUUACUUUAUUUUCCUUCCGAGGAUUUUUUGCUUGGCAAUUUAAUCGUUUAACGGGAUCAAAAUAUCAGAUUUACUAGCAAACAAUAGUAGAAAAUGGGAUAAAAAUUGUGGACGUCGAACAACUUUCGAUACAGUUUAUUGGACGUUGGCUAAUUAAAAGCCUAAACAAGCGUAGGCGCGGCAACGUAGGCUAAUCCGAGCAACACGUGUUGGCAUUUACUAAUUCUCAGUAUUAGGUGUGAGAGGCCGAGGCGUGGAACUCAACGCCAUUGUCCUCUCGGAUCUGAUUUAGUGAUGCAAAGCCAAAAUAUACGACUGUGCAGGGUCACGUGUCAGUUGUUUGGCCUGUCAUCAGUCUUCUCGGCCCAUUGUUCUUGUUUAUGCCUCUCUUUUUAUGACUCCUGGGGAAACACUACAUUUUGUUUAUUAAAUACGUCGGUUCCGGUUAAAAAUAUCCUGUUUCUCCUAUCGGUAAAUACCCAAACCGGAUACAACAAUAUAAUAGUAGAAAUCUUUUGAUUUUCUUCUGUCAAAAAUCAUUGUUUUUAUAGUAAAUGUCUCUUUCGGAUCCGUCUUCCACUUCUCUUAUCAAAUUCGAAAGAAUCUAAUACCUUAAGAUUUGUAAAGUAUGUAAACACUUAUCUAUGUAAGGCCUACAGAAUAAGGCUGGCAGAAUAAAGUUGAUUUUAUAAAGGCAUAAAAAAAUUUAUGUAUAGAUUAUAUUUUCUCCUCCUCUGCUCGUCUGUACCCAAACGUGUGCCCAAAAAUGAUGCAAUAGAAAUCCCAUAUCCUGUUCUACUUAACGUAAUUUAUGGAUUUUCGGGCCCGUUGGGAGGUCGAAUGGGCCCGACGUUCAUAAAUCAUAUU